CUCCUUCUUUUUUUUUUUUUUUUCACCUGACCAAAAAAAAAAAGGGGGGGGUGGAAAAAAGAGGCAGAGCCGCAGGAUCUAAAAGGAUAAACCGAGACAUGGAGGUCAGAUACAACCAAGAGGCAGAAGCCAUGGUGCUGAAGAACGGACUAAAGGAAGGGAAGGACGCCAAGGAUGCCCAGCAGCAGGGCAGUUUGUCCAAAAACUUCCUGAAGGAGCAGCAGGACUCCUUUUCUUCCUCCGGGACCAUGGACAACUGCGAGAAGAACAGGGGGAGCACGGGGGACCCCGACUACUGCCGCAGGAUCCUGGUCAGAGAUGCCAAAGGCUCCAUAAGGGAGAUCAUCCUGCCCAAAGGUCUGGACCUGGACCGGCCAAAGCGGACCCGGACCUCCUUCACAGCGGAGCAGCUGUACCGGCUGGAGAUGGAGUUCCAGAGGUGCCAGUACGUGGUGGGCAGGGAACGGACAGAACUGGCCAGACAGCUCAACCUGUCCGAAACUCAGGUCAAAGUGUGGUUCCAGAACCGGCGCACCAAGCAGAAAAAGGACCAGGGCAAGGACUCGGAGUUGCGUUCGGUCGUCUCGGAAACGGCGGCCACCUGCAGCGUUCUGCGCCUUCUGGAGCAGGGCCGUCUGCUGCCCCCCCCGGGCCUCCCGGGCCUUCUGCCCCACGCCGCCCUGCGCCCUCCGGCCAUGGGCAGUGGUAACGGGGGGGUCAGUGGAGGCGGGGGAGGAAGCCCCACGUUGCCGGCGGUAACCACCUCGGGGACCCACAGCCUCUUCAGCUUCCCCAUGCCCUCCAUCUUGGGUACCCGGAUCCCCUCAAAUCCUAUCUCCGCCCCCCUGUCCCUGGCGGGAAACCUGCAGGAACUGUCGGCGCGCUACCUGAGCUCCUCCGCCUUCGAGCCUUACUCACGGACCAGUGGCAAAGAGAUCGUGGACAAGAAGGUUCUGGAAUAGGAGGG